AUGCUCAUCAUACUGUUCCACGCUAUGGUUGCAAUAUGGCAUAUUCUAGCGUGCGACUAUAUACCUCCAAAGCCGGAAGAAGUCAUGGUUGCGAUGACGGAGUAUCCACCGGCAUCGCGUUCAAAAAGAGAAAUACCGUGGGAUUGGAUACGGAUCAAAGCUGAAUACGACGAUUCAAUCAAUAUGCUCAACGAAUGGAUGAAGGAUAAGCUCAAAGGUCUUGUAAGAGAUGUUCUUCACUAUUUCGAAACCACGUUGAAAGUACAUCGCGUGAAAAGUCUUCAAUUUCCUAGGUCCCACGUAGCCGCACCAGACAUCAGCAUCACUUAA